AUGGCGGACUCUAAGCUCACGCCGCCGCUGGCGGCGGCAGUCGCGCAGCGGAUGAUUAACGUCGACCAGCUCUCCGCUUUCCAAGAUCUGGAAUACGCGGCAGUGGCGAAGUUUCUCAAGGUCGGCGGCGACUCGCUUGCCCCCGCAGUCCGCGAAGUGAAGCUUCAAGAGUUUUCAGGGAAAGACUUGCUGGGUCUGUCGCCCUCAGAAUACGCUAGCCGCCUUGGACUGAAAUCUUCUGCGCAGCGAUGCUUGCUUCAGCAGCUCCUUGACAGCGUUCGGGGUUGGAAUUCCUCAAAGGCCUCUCCUCCCUCCUCACGCGCCAAUGGUUCUCUUGCUCCAGCGUCGAGUUCGACAGAAAGCGCACCGACGCGCACGUUGUCAAGCGGCCGGGGCUUUGGCUCAGCGCAGGACGCUCCUGCGAAUUCCUCUUCUUUGCUCACGCAGAAACGACCACGUGUCGCCGGCCUCCGCCGCGGAGCCGCAAAAGUGUCUCCCUCCGAGUCUCCUCCACUCGGGUCUGCCGCUCCCUCCGCUGCGACGAGAGGCGGAAGGCACGAGACGAAGAGCGACGGAGAGGAAGGAACCCACUCGAGUGCGGCUGCAGACGGCGCCGAAAACCGCGGCCAGGGGGGGCGGAGCGAGGAGAAAGGAGCUCCCGCCGAGGCAGCUGCCGCCACUCGCAAACGAAAGGCUGCGGAGAACGGCAAAGACAGUGCGAGAGACCCUGUCGAAGAGGUGGAGACCGGAUGCAAGAAGCGCACGUCAGCGAAUGGGCAGACUGGCAGAGAGCCCCUCGACGCAGAGGCUGAGGCGGAGAACCUGCCUUUGGCGCGUCCGGACGACAUCACUCAAAAAGCGAACGCCGCCAAGGUCCGAGCUGGAAAAGGCCUUUUGGAGCGACUGCAAGGGAGCAAGGGAGGUGCCACAGGGAAAAAUGCAGUAGAAAAACGAAUAAUUUACGUGUGUGGAGAGCGGGCAAGACCUGCGAAGGCGACCAAAAGGUGCCUCACGGAUGAGCAACCGGGAGCCACCCUCGCCCAGAACUCCGCACAGGGAGAAGGAGCGGCGGCUGAGGACCGAGCGCCGAAGAAAGACCAGCGAGGCAGAGCGAUGGCUGGCAAGGAAGCCGCGAAGAAGGCAGAGAAGAAGAAGGAAGAGCAGACACCAGACGACGCGAAGAAGAAAGCACCUUUGAAGGCAACCGCGGUAACAGAGGUGGGAGAACCGAAGAGGUCGAACAAUACUCAGUGCAAGGCGCGGGAGGGAGCGCCAUGCCGGAAGGCCGCUACCGCGUCGAUGUUGACCCCUAAACGUGGGGACGGACCCAGAGAACAAGAGAAGAAUAGAAAACAAGGUGCCAAGGAGGCAGCGCCGCAAACCACAGACGCGAAGAAAGGCACGCGAGCUGCAAGCGCCUCGUCCUCUGCGAGUCCUCUGAAGAGGGAGCGGGAAGGUGACGAAGGCGCCCUCGCGCAGGAGAGAAAGAAAGGUAAAAAACAACCCGACGCGGCGACCGGAGCGGCGGACCGUGGAGCGACCACGCGUAGGCUGAGUGGCGGAGGGGAGACGAAGAAGGCCGCGGCGGUAGAGGAGGAAGACGCAGCGAAGGAGCCGAAGCAAAGCCGUUCCAGCAAACCACGAGAGAAGGAAGUCAGAAGAAAGCCUGGACCACGACGAAAGAGCAUUUCAACUAAACGGGUCAGUCCGGCGACCAUGGAUGAACAGGUUAAACAGGCGGGUCACAGCUGCAUUACUCAGAAGCAGGUUGUGCCGAUUCGUUUUGCUGAGGCUAGACAGGACGACAGAGAAAAGAUUCUGUCGUGUAGUGGGCAGAUCAAGAAAACUGGAGAGGAGGAUCUCGCAGCUCUCUGUUGCCGCGUCUGCUGCACGCUCGCCGACGCCUCGCUGAGAUUCGAGAGAAAUCCCAAAGACCUCGAAGCUAUCACGCAUCUUAUCGUGCCUCACGACCAAGAGAGACCCACUCUGAAGGUGUUGUUUGUUCUCGCUACCGGUGGCCUGGUCCUGAACCCCCAGUUCGUGAAGACUGCCGACGAAAACGAGAAGUGGCCUCGCGCCACGCCCCGAUUCGAGAUCUAUCACUUCCCCACGCUCCUCCACCGGAAGGCCGUUGCGCCUCCUCUCAAAGGCAAACGCGUGGCUGUUGCGGGGACCUUCCAGCGUGCAAACGCGGCGAAGGGCGGCAUGACCAAGGCGCUUCUCUGCAGACUGAUCGAGCUGAGUGGGGGCGUCCUGCUGGAGCCGACGGACCGCGUGCCCAGCAGCCCGGAGUUCCUCGUCUGUCCUGAGGACUUCCGCGCGACGCCUUCGGAGAAGAAGGAGAAAGUCAAACCUGGAAGUGGAGACGAGGCGGGCGAGGACGAUUCUUCUCUCGCCCGCGUGGACGUCGUGACGGUUCAGUGGGUCGUGGAAAGCAUUCGCACGUGGCAGACCGAGCCCCGCGAUCUCCACACCCAUCCGCACGCAGACGCGAUUCGCCGCGUCUUUGGCUUCUCGCCAGUCCCGCCCGUCGAUGUCAAGGGCGAGCAGGACGCGCUGAAGCAAGAGAAAGGAGAGGCGGACAAGGCCCCAGCCGCGAAAGCGAGCCGAGACGUUCAGGACGGAGAGAGGAACUUGGGAGCCUCUCUUGCCACGGCAGCGAAAGUGAAGAAUUCGGCGCAGAGGAGGAACAAGAAAGAAGGCGACCUCGGGAAGGAGGAAGCGUCGAACAAGGCGACGAUGGAGAAGACCCAGGGCUCGGCGCCAUUUGCCGAGACGCCCAACAGAGCGAGUGGGGGUGCUGCUGGGGAGAGACAGCAGAAAGGAGGAAGCAAGAAGAAGGUGGAGGCGACAGAGACAGCGACCACGGCCGCACCGAAGGGAACGGCAGGCCGAGCGCGGCACGGAAAAGCGAAAAAUGUAGGCGAAGAUGGAGAGCAGGAGCGAGAGGCGGACGCCCCUCGUGAAACGAAACAGGGGAGGAGCGCGAAACACAGCCAGGCCCCAAAAGCUGCUCCAGCAGAGCAGAAAGAAGUACAAAGCCGGCCGCCGUCGCGUGCCCUCUCUCGCAAGACUGCUUUGGUAUCGUUUAACGCUGACAAGAAGAGAGAGACCAACGAGAGGAAAACGAAGGGAAACGGCGACAAGGCAGCGAAGCCAGGGGAACAGGACGGGCUAAAACCCUCCUCAAGCAAAAAGGAAAAGGAAGACGCAACGCGCGAUGAAAGUGGCGAGGCACUUUCGGAAAGAGCGAAACAGACCGUGAGUGGGGGUCGAAAGACUGCAGGCACUGUGCGAACAGCACAGGAGAAAACAGCAGCUGAAGCUUCUACCGCGAGCAGAGAGGGCAAACGCACAACAAAAAAGACGCUGCCGCAUCAAAGUGGCGAGGCGGGUAUCCAAGAAAGAAAACCAGACAAUGAAGAAGAUGUCUCCAUGGAUGACGAUGAGGGAGAAUUCGACGACGAUGAAAGCGAAGAGGGCGACUCUGGGGACGAAGAGUUCGCAGACAGCGGAAGCGAGGAGGAUGAAGAAAAAAGCAGCGAAGAGUCAGUUGCGGACAGUGAAGAAGAUGCCGGCGAAGAAAGCGAAAGCGAGGAAGCCCACCGCACGAAGGACGUGAGUAGGGCUGCCGCAGGCGUAGGACGGAAGGAGGCAAGAGCGAAGGAGAGACCAGCGAAGGCCAAGAGAAGGGCGCCUGCGGAAAAAGACGAUCGGAGUGCCUCGGGUGCGGGGUCGCAGGCCUCGGGUUCCUCCGCGAAGAAGCCGCGCGGGCGCCCCCAAACAGCUCCCUCAGCCCACCAGGCGAAACAUGAAACAGAGGCAGACUCGACCGAGCUAGAAGACGCCGAACAGAAGAGGGAGGACAGCGAGCGCCUCGUCGGGGUGGCAUUUUCUCAGGAAAAACAGAGCCACCCGGUAGAAGAAGACCACAUGCUUCAGAGCGACGCGGCGUCAGCACGGAAGCAAGAAAGGGAACACGAGGCAACACGUGAGGCAGAGCAAGAGGGAAGCGAAGGAGACGAAAUGGAAGAUCAAACCAACACGACUCCGUCCUCCAGAUACGCCGCCGAGAAGGGAGACGUGCGAGCUAACAACGCGGAGGGAGCUCAAGAGACACAACCGAAGCACCGUAGCACACAACUGGAGUCAGGCGAGAACGAAACAGCGGAGCCACGCGCAGCACAUGCAGCGGAAGAAGAAAGAGGGCAAGAAAGAUUAAGUGCUGACGGCAGAGCCAGCCAAAGUGGAGGAUCUCCGCGCGGAGAAGACGCAGGACACUCACCAUGUCACUCAGAAAAUAGAGGGAACGAGAAGGGACCCGGCGAGGAAAACGAUACGGAGACAGCGGAACAGAAAGAAUGGCUAUUCGAGGACGAUAAAGACCACGUGUUCAUGGAGGAGCACGGCAGCGACGGAAGCGACGAGUUCGAUCUCGGGCCGUCGCAACUUGCGCAUUUCCAUCUUCCCGACUUCGGCAGCGACGACGAGAGUGACGGAGAGGACGACGAAGAGGAGUGGAAAGAUGAAGAAAAGGAAGGAACUGCCGAGGCCGAGGAAGAGGAAGAACCAGGUGUAGAGGACGCCGAAGUGGACGUGCAUCGCGUAUCCCGUGAAGAGCAAAACGAGGAAGUUGCAACGAACCUGAACGAAGACGACAGGGAAGACGAGGAGACGGAGGCUUGCCCCCCUCCCUCGCCUCGAGGCUCCGAGGCCUGCGGCACGUCUGCGCGUCCCUUCUGCGAAUCGGCAGCGACCGGAGGCAGCCGAGCUCACGAAGGCUUUGACCUUUCCCUGCCCACACAAAACAGCCAGAGGGACAGGGAGCUCACUAACGUGCAGUUCUGGACUCAUGCCUCGCAGGAUAACGACGACCCAGAGAGGCUCCAUCUCUGA